UUUUUUUGUGUUUUUUCCUUUUUCCAGAAAGUCAGCGAGAAGGUCGGCGGAGCGGAAGGAACCAAACUAGACGAUGACUUCAAAGAAAUGGAAAAGAAGGUGGACGUCACCAGCAGAGCGGUGUUGGACAUCAUGACCAAAACUACAGAAUACCUACAACCGAAUCCAGCCUCCAGAGCCAAGCUGAGCAUGAUCAGCACCAUGUCCAAGAUCCGGGGCCAGGAGAAGGGACCCGGGUACCCGCAGGCCGAGUCCGUCCUGGGGGACGCCAUGCUGAGGUUCGGACGCGAGCUGGGGGACGAGUCCAGCUUCGAGGGAGUGGAGAGGAGACACCAUCUGAAGAAGAUGGAGGGCCGGCGUCUGGACUUCGACUACAAGAAGAAGCGCCAGGGCAGAGGCGUCCAGGACGAGGAGCUGAAGCAGGCGCUGGAGAAGUUCGACGAGAGCAAAGAGGUCGCGGAGCAGAGCAUGUUCAACCUCCUGGAGAGCGACAUAGAGCAGGUGAGCCAGCUGGCAGCGCUGGUCCAGGCCCAGCUGGAGUACCACAGCCGCUCGGCCGAGAUCCUCCAACAGCUCGCCAGCAAAAUGGAGGACAGGAUAAAGGAAGUGUCCAAUAAACCGAGGAAGGAGUUCACCCCCAAACCCCGGAUGACUCUGGAGCUGCUGCCGUCCAGCGAGAGCCACAACGGGGGGAUCCACUCCGCCAAGUCCCCCGGAAGAUCACCAGCCCCCCUGGACCAGCCGUGUUGCCGAGCGCUCUACGACUUUGAGCCGGAGAACGAGGGCGAGCUGGGCUUCAAAGAGGGCGACGUCAUCACGCUGACCAAUCAGAUCGACGACAACUGGUACGAGGGCAUGAUCAACGGCCAGUCGGGCUUCUUCCCCAUCAACUACGUGGAUAUCCUGGUGCCGCUCCCCCAUUAGUCCCCCCCCACCCCACCCCCCCAGACCCUUAAACCCCUCCACCAAUCCAUACUUCUUCUCCCUGUGCUUUUUGUGCGAUUCUGCUUUCACAAAAAACAAAAACGAGGCAGUGGGACGGCGAUGAAAAGAGGAUUUUUCUAGUGUGAGAGAUGCAGUGAGGAGGGAUUUGAAAGAGGAAGACAAGACGCAGAGAUGAUGAUGAUGAUCUUCGUACACCGCUCACUCAGCCGGGCGGCACCGGGAACCGAUGAGGCGUUGGAGACUUAAAGGCACGGUGUAUGUGUACGUGCAUGUGUGUGUGUCUGUACGUGCGUUUUGACUUGUUGUCUCGCUCUAUUAUGACCGAAGCCCCCGCUUGUCUGUUGACAACUUUGUUUGUGUCUUUUCUUCUCUUCUUGAAGGGUUAAUUCAGGUUUUUUUUUUUCAACAUGGACUCUCUCGUUUUUGUCGUGUUUUUGUGUCUCAGUGUGCGAUGGGAGCAAUCUGCUUUGAAAUUGGUCGGGUCUUAAGCAAGAUGGAAUUGCAAUGUAACGUUAAAUGAGCAAUUUCCUUGAUUUGCGUGCACAAAAAGUUCAGUUUUGGCCGCUGACAGACUCAGAUUAUUAUUCUAAGUGUCUGAUAGCAUAUUGGAAAGCAUCCCUACAGAGAUAGAGCUUUUGGUUAAAGAGUAAGAUCCUUUUUGUUUAACAUGAAACCGCUCCGAAAUCGCCAUCACCAAACCCACCAGACUCCAUGUAAAUUAUCAGCAAUUUUAUUAUCGUAAAACACACUUCAUUCAAAGUCGAGAGAAACAAAAUAAAAACAUAAAAAGCCGUCUUGGUUCAUCUUUGCACUGUUUCCUACCAUCGCCACUCUGGAUUGGUUGAAUUACACCCUUUAUUCACUAAUUUACAUGUGAAAAUAUGCUGUUUCUAGACACGCUAAAAGUAGUGAUUAUUUACAUGGAGUCUGGUGGGUUUGGUGAUAGCGAUUUCAAAUGUGUUUCUGCUUGAACAAAAAGGAUCUUACUUUAUAAAAAAAAAGAGGUCUAUCUCUGUAGGGAUCCUUUCCAUAAUCUUGUCAAACACUUAGAAUAAUAAAAUGAGUUCCCAUCAGUCACUUGGACACCAAUGCAUGGGAAGGUAGGGUCCAGUUUUUAAAAAAA